GGCAACUGGUCGAAAAGUUUUAUUUGGAGGGAAAAAUCAUGAUUUUGAUUGCGACGUCCACUCUCGCGUGGGGUGUCAACUUUCCCGCGCAUCUAGUCGUGGUCAAAGGCACUGAAUUCUUCGACGGUGCGACCAAAAGAUACGUCGACUUCCCUAUCACCGAUGUGUUACAGAUGAUGGGGCGUGCAGGUCGACCUCAGUUCGAUGACAAGGCCGUUGCUUGUAUCUUUGUGCACGAACCGAAGAAGCAUUUUUACAGGAAGUUCAUCUAUGAGCCCUUUCCGGUGGAGUCGAGUUUGCAUGAACAGUUGACAGACCACUUGAACGCGGAAGUGGUUGGGAGGACGAUCACAAACAAAGCGGAAGCCUUGGAUUACUUGACGUGGACGUACUUUUACAGACGUUUGCUGGUGAAUCCGUCGUACUACAAUCCAGCUGCGGCGUUGAGCAUGACCGGAGGAGCCGGAGAGUCAGAUGCGAAGGCUGUGACGGGACCUUUGGCACAGCAUGAGCAGACCGCGCAAACCGCGAUUUACCUGGAGAAGUUGUUGGAUAGGUCUUUAGCUGAUUUGGUUCGUGCGAAAUGCAUCUGCUUGAAAAGCGCUGGCCAAGACGAAGAUGGCAACUGGAGACCCCUAGUGAUAGAGUCGCAGCCACUGGGGAAAGUCGCUUCUUUGU